AUGAACGGCCACUUCGCCGCCGUCGACAACGGCAACGGCUCGUCGCCCGACAGCAACGCCCACAAUUUUGAACACGGCAUCCAGGUCAUCAACGAGGACAAGCAGUACAACACCAACCUCAAUGAGUACCUCCACGAGACACACGUUGCCGAGGCCGGCUUCAAUUACCACCUCAUCUCCGUCUUCGGCUCCCAGUCCACCGGCAAGUCGACCCUCCUGAACCACCUGUUCGGCACCCAGUUCAGCGUCAUGUCCGAAAGGGAACGUCGCCAGACCACAAAGGGCAUCUGGAUGUCCAAGAACAAGAACGAGGGAAAGAUGGCCGACAACAUCCUGGUCAUGGACGUCGAGGGUACCGAUGGUCGUGAGCGCGGCGAGGAUCAGGAUUUCGAGCGCAAGAGCGCCCUUUUUGCCCUUGCCACGAGUGAGGUCUUGAUCGUCAACAUCUGGGAACACCAGGUCGGUCUGUACCAGGGCGCAAACAUGGGUCUGCUCAAGACCGUUUUCGAGGUCAACAUGCAGUUGUUCUUGAAGGAUAAGCAAAACCAAACCCGCUCCCUCCUCUUCUUCGUCAUCCGCGACCACAUCGGCGUCACUCCCCUCGCCAACUUGCGCAACACCUUGAUCCAAGAUCUGACCCACAUCUGGUCCUCCAUCUCCAAGCCCGCCGGCCUCGAAAACUCAAAGAUCGAAGACUACUUUGACUUUGCCUUUGCCGCCCUCCCACACAAGAUCCUACAGCCCGAAAAGUUCAUCACCGAGGUCGAGAAUCUCGGCUUGCGCUUCACCGCCGGCCACCGCAACAAGGACUCGGAUUCCAGCGACGACCAAGAAUUCACUGGCGGCGUCUUCCUCCCCGAAUACCAUCGCCGCAUCCCUGCCGACGGCCUCUCCAUCUACGCCGAGGGUGUCUGGGACCAGAUCGUCUCCAACAAGGAUCUCGACCUGCCCACCCAACAAGAACUUCUCGCGCAGUUCCGCUGCGACGAGAUCGCCCGCGAAGUGCAAAUCGCCUUUGACGCCGCCAUCGCUCCCCUCGAAGAACAACAGGCCGAGUCCACCCGCGCCGGCAAGCCUGCCGUCCUGCCCGAUCUCGGCCAGAUCGGCGCCGAAGCCCGUGAGAAGUGCGUCAAGAACUUUGAGACCCAAGCCUCCCGCUACCACAAGGGCGUGUACACCACCAAGCGCGCCGAGCUCGAGGACAAGAUCGAUGCCCGCCUCAAGGCUCUUUACCAAGCCCACCUCACUGCCGCGCACAAGGCCGGCGUAACUGCCUUCUCGGAAGCUGUCGUCAACGCUGUCAAGGCGGGCCAAAAAGGCGGUUCUUACGAGUUCGCCGAGAUCGUCGAGAAGCAAAAGUCCAAGACGCUCGAAAUCUUCAAGAAGGAAGCGCAAUCCCUCGCCAUCCCCGGAGUGGCAUGGUCCAACUUUAAGCCACAGUACCUCAUCUUCGAUAAGGAGCUCGACGAAGUCUCCGCGCGCUUGCGCAAGGAGGAGAUGCGCCGCCUGGCGAUUCGCGUGGAGCGUUGGGUCAAGUCGCGCCUUGGCGACGCGAUCGGUCUGGAAUUCAACAAACUCGGAUCCGGUAGGGGCGGGUCGGGAGCCCCCGAGUCUGGCGAGAAGCCCGCUACCGAGAAGGACAUCUGGGACCGCGUAUGGAAGGCCUUCAUCGGCAUUGUCGGCGAAGCCGAGGGCAGGUUCACCGACCGCGCCAAGAGCUUCGAGGCUAGCGACGAUGAAGUCCACGUCGGCCUCUGGCGUCUCCGCCGCAAGUCGUGGGUCGCCCUGCGCGAGAAGAUCGAGGAGGAAGUGAUGGAGUCCAACAUCCUCAUGAAGCUGCGGGAGAACUUUGAGGAUAAGUUCCGGUACGACGAAGACGGCGUUCCACGCAUCUGGCGGCCAUCGGAUGACAUCGAGGGCAUCUACACGCGCGCGCGCGAGUCGACGCUCGGUCUUGUUCCGUUACUAUCUCGCUUCCGCUUGACGUCCACCGGUGCCCCUCCGGCCUUGGUCGAGUUUGUCGGUGUCCAGCCGCAUGGUGUUGAGCCCGGUGAUGAGGAGGACCUGACGCCGAUUGGUGGCGUUGACGAGGACGAGGGUAAGUCCCUCGAGGAGGAGACGACGAUUUUGAGCGAGCCCAAGAGGCAGGAUUUGGUGGUGCGGUUCAAGAAGAUGGCCGAUGGAGUGUAUGUCGAGGCCAAGAGGAGCGCGAUUGGCGGUAUUACCCAGGUGCCAUUGUACUUCUACGCUGUGUUGCUAGUGCUGGGUUGGAACGAGUUCGUUAUGGUCCUCCGCAACCCAGUCCUCUUCAUCCUCCUCCUCCUCGCCGGCGGCGGUACCUACGUCGCCUACAGCCUCAAUCUCUUGGGGCCAAUGAUGCAGAUGGCCAACGCCGCUUCCACGCAAGGUGUGGAGAUCGGCAAGGCCAAGCUGCGGGACUUUUUGGAGAACCACGAGGGAGCCAGGGGAGCUUUGGGGAUGCCCCCCAAGCAGGCCCAGAGGGUUGAUACUGGGAUCAGCAUGGAUACGCUGGACAGCAACGGCAAGAGGAGGGCGACGGGGCUCGAGGCGGAGGAUGAUAUCUAG